AUGCAGUUGCAGCAGGAAACCAGAGCUCAGAAUAUGCAAUUUCAACAAGAAACUAGAGCUUCUAUUCAGAAUCUUACUAAUCAGAUAGGUCAGAUGGCAACACAGCUCAAUAAGGCACAAUCACAAAAUUCUGAUAAGUUACCAUCCCAGACUGUGCAAAAUUCGAGGAAUGCUGGUCCAAGCAGAACAUUUGAAGCAGGUGGACCUUCUUCCUCUUCCGGUGGUUGUACUUCUUCUCCAGGUGGACCUUCUUCUUCCACCACUACCACCAGUGCAUCUCCUACGUUACCUCAGCGACCUAUCCCUCUUCCCGUUCCUCCAAAGGCAAUACCUAGCAAAAAGAUGGAAGAGGUGGACAAGGAAAUAUUGGAAACCUUCAGGAAGGUAGAGGUAAACAUACUUCUACUUGAUGCAAUCAAACAGAUUCCGAAGUAUGCAAAAUUCUUGAAGGAGCUGUGCACACAUAAGAGGAAAAUGAAAGGUGAUGAAAGGAUCAACAUGGGUAGGAAUGUAUUCGCACUUAUUGGUACGUCAGUCCCGCACAUACCUGAAAAGUGCAAGGACCCAGGUACGUUUUGCAUUCCUUGUAUGAUUGGAAAUAGUAAAUUUGAAAAUGCCAUGCUUGAUUUGGGUGCUUCAAUUAAUGUCAUGCCUAAAUCAAUAUAUAAAUCAUUAUCUAUAGGACCUUUACAACCUACAGGUAUGGUCAUUCAGAUGGCCAACAAGAGUGUUACCCACCCAACAGGUUACAUAGAAGAUGUCUUGGUUAAGGUUGGUGAAAUGAUUUUUCCUGCAGACUUUUAUGUUUUGGAAAUGGAGGAGGGAUUCUCUCAUGGAUCCGCUCCCAUCAUCUUAGGCAGGCCUUUUUUGAAAACUGCCCAAACCAAGAUUGAUGUGUAUGCUGGAACUUUAUCCAUGGAAUUUGCUGAUAUUAUGGUUCACUUUAAUAUUCUUGAUGCAAUGAAGUUCCCACCUGAGGACCAUUCUGUUUUUAAGAUUGACAUGUUGGAUGACAUUAUUGAUAAAUAUGAGUGUUGA